UAUCAACAAACCCAAAACCCACUUCUUUAAUUUCUCAUCGACUCCUACUUUGCCUCUUCCUCUACUCUCUUUCUCUCUAUCCGGCGGCCACCGGAGAUCAGUGUUCACCCGCCGGAGAGGAAUAAUCGACUAUUAUUCGGAUUCAAGAUAAUGAAGGUUUUUGUAAAGACUUUGAAGGGUACUAACUUCGAGAUCGAAGUCAAACCUGAAGAUACGGUGGUUGAAGUGAAGAAAAACAUAGAGAAUGUACAGGGAGCGGAUGUUUAUCCGGCGGCGCAGCAGAUGCUGAUUUAUCAAGGGAAAGUACUUAAAGACGAUACAACAUUGGAUGAAAGUAAAGUUGCUGAAAAUAGUUUUAUUGUUGUUAUGUUAAGCAAGAGUAAGGUAUCAUCAGGCGGACCCUCAACUGCAACAGCAGCACCACCACCAAAUAGUAAGGUAUCAUCAGGCGGACCCUCUACUGCAACAGCAGCACCACCAACCCUAGCCCAACCUACAAGUUCUUUGCCUUCCAAUGUGACCCAACCAUCAUCAACAUCUCAAGCUGCUGUCCCAGCUGCUGUCCCAGCUGCUGUCCCAGCUGCAGCAUUGCCUCAGUCCGCUGCUGAAUCCAGUCCUUCUGUAGUUAUUUCAGCUCUCAGUUCAGAUGCAGACAUGUAUGGGCAAGCGGCUUCAAAUCUUGUUGCAGGAAGUAACUUAGAAGCAACCAUUCAACAGAUUCUCGAUAUGGGUGGAGGAAGUUGGAACCGAGAGACUGUUGUUCGUGCUCUACGUGCUGCAUUCAACAACCCCGAGCGAGCUGUUGAAUAUCUAUACUCGGGUAUUCCAGAGCAAGCUGAGGUUCCACCAGUUGCCCAAGGUCCAGCAAGUGGUGUCGCUGUAAAUCCUCCAGCUCAGGCUCAGCAACCAGCUGCACCUCCUAGUGGUGGACCAAAUGCAAAUCCAUUAGAUCUCUUUCCACAGGGCCUACCCAGUACGGGUUCUAAUGCUGGUGCAGGCAACUUGGAUUUCUUACGCAACAGCCAACAGUUCCAAGCCUUGCGAGCUAUGGUGCAAGCAAACCCUCAAAUCCUACAGCCUAUGCUUCAGGAGCUAGGGAAGCAAAAUCCACACUUGAUGCGGCUCAUUCAAGAGCAUCAGCCUGAUUUCCUGCGCUUGAUAAAUGAACCUGUUGAAGGAGAGGGGAAUGUGCUUGGCCAAUUAGCUUCUGCGGUGCCACAAACAGUGACUGUCACCCCUGAGGAGCGUGAAGCAAUAGACCGUCUUGUAGCAAUGGGCUUUGAUCGAGCCUUAGUAUUGGAGGUGUUCUUUGCAUGCAACAAGAAUGAAGAACUGGCAGCUAACUAUCUAUUAGACCACAUGCAUGAGUUCGAUGAAUGAAACAAGUAUUUCUCAUGUCUAGUUGUGCUCUAUCCCAAACUGGUUUUACCUUGUGGAACCUCGUGAGCAGAGACUGUCAAAAUGUUCAUGUCCCCAUUUUAUCCAUGGGCAAACAUAGCACUUUCUGCUUUCAUUGUUUUGAAAAUUCAGUUAUCAUAAUAUCAGAAACACAUAAUUGUAUAAUUGUGUUUGAAUAUGGGAAUUGUGCUUCGUUUUA